AACCUAGACACUAUUCUUCACAAUUUGAAUUAAAGGGUGGUUUGUGCUAGGACGAAAUAUUUAAACUCAGACCUAUCUACAAUGAGCGAACCGAUAGAUUGGCGGACAGAGUUGUCUGCCGUAGAUCGCUAUGCUACUAUCCAGGCCUUGCAAGAAUCUCUCUCUAAUAACUCUAUGAGUGAGGCCAUGUCGAUUGAAGCGGCCGCAUAUGCAGACUCUAUCUCUCGAGAGGCUUACAAUGCAGCAUGCAAACCACAAGAUACAGUUCCUCCAAGUCUUCACUCGGAACAAACAGAGAAUGAAGACCCUGGAGUAACAAUUAGAGGACACGCCAAUUGCAGAUUUAUAUCAGAUGGUGUUACGUCAGAGGUUUAUCGCACAAGCGAAAACUUUGCUCUCAAAGUCAUCACUUCACCAAACAACAUGGAACCGCAUAAUCCUCAGCGCGAAAUCAAAGUCCUCAAUUCUCUCAGCCAUAAAACCAUCAUUCAACUCAUCAAUACUUUUCGUGAUGAAGAACAGCGCCUUGUUCUCGUCUUCCCCUUUAUGCCUCUCACGCUUGCGACACUGCUAGAAACUGGAACACCCACAAAAGCCCGUACAACUACAAUAUUCACAGACAUUCUCAACGGGCUAUCGUAUAUCCAUUCAAUUGGUAUAAUACAUCGCGACAUCAAACCAUCUGCCAUCCUCCUCAAGUCAGCUGAUGGACCAGCUCUCCUAUCUGACUUUGGUACAGCCUGGCACCCUGAGUUUUCAAAAUCCUCUGAGGCCCCCGACAACAAGAUUCUCGACAUUGGUACAGGGCCAUAUCGAUCUCCAGAAACGCUCUUUGUGGAUAAAUCUUACUCAACAGCAGUAGAUAUGUGGUCGUUGGGCGUAAUGUUAGCUGAGGCUGUCACAAAUCCUCCCAAGCCGCCGUUCGAAUCACGCCCAGCGCACGAAGAUGGCAACCAGCUAGGCCUAAUUCUCAGCAUAUUCAAGACCUUGGGCACACCAACGCCCGAGAUAUGGCCAGAGGCAAAGAAUUUCCGGGUAUCGCCGUUUGAGAUGUGGAAUGUGUUCCCCAGCCGGACUUGGACUGAGAUUCUGCCGACAAUUGAUCCCGAGUUUCGAGACAUCAUAACGAAAACGGUAACAUAUGGUGGAAGAGCUACGGCAGCAGAUACGCUCAACCACGCCCCCUUCUCCCCUAAAUGA